CCACGUUAGAGCAGCCAGCUUCAGAGCGGCGGAUAGCGAAGCACGCGGACAUAGGGAGACCUCACGAGCAUCAUACACCCCCAAACUCGCGCUGACAGUUCGUCUAACCCAGGCACCACGGCCGCGUUUUGCCACGCUGAUGAAUCACACUCAAGUUCAUCACUGAGCGACUUGAAACCACAAAAGUGAACCGAAACCAAGCGGGACUGACCAGGUGGACUUUUUUUUUCUCCCUCCUUGCAUCACGUCUGCCGUCUCUCUUGGGCUGCUUUCUACGCGUUUGAGCUUUGUAGAGGAAAUCGUCCCGCAGACUCACGCAUCCCUUCCAUCUCCGUGUCUCUUUCCCUGCCUGUAGCUGACUCAUUUUUGCUGCUCGGGACCAUGGCGGAGUACAGCUCUCUGCUCAGCGACCUGUCUGAAAACAUCACCAACGAGGACUUGGAGCAGCUCAAAUCUGCCUGCAAGGAGGACAUCCCUGAGGACCAGAGCAACAACAUCACCUCCUCCAAAGAGUGGUUCAGCUACCUGGAGAAGAAUGACAAGCUGGCCCAGGAUAACCUGUCGUACAUCGAACACAUCUUUGAGAUCUCACGGCGACCGGACCUGCUGACAAGGGUGAUCGAGUAUCGCACCAAAGUGCUCAAGAUUUCUGAGGAUGAUGAGAUCGACACCAAGCUCACACGCAUCCCUUCGGCCAAGAAAUACAAAGACAUCAUCCGCCAGCCAUCUGAAGAUGAGAUCAUCAAGUUGGCCCCACCCCCUAAAAAAGCAUGAGGUCACGAAGUCCAGCCCUGAUCUUGGCACCUUGAUUUCUUCACUCCUGGCACUCCAGUUAUCCAAUCAACCGUCUUUGGCCAGCCCUUCCUUCUUCACCCCUUCGCACAUCCAGCCACGUACCCCCACCCCCUUUCCCUGCAUUACCAC